AGACGGCUACUACUCCUCCUGCUCCUCCGUGGAGAGCGUAGAUCGCCGUUCUAUCAACCCGGAUGCUGAGCACUGCCCAGUCGGCACAGCAAGGGGCGGAAUUAUUUCCCCGGACCUUUGAAGCACAGCUUUCCCUGGCUGCUCAGUCGUCUGGCCGCCAGGCUACAUCCGAGCCGGGAGAGGAAGGUGGAUUUAAAAGUGCAGCUUCCCUAGUGCACGGUAAGGUGCUGUGUGUCACGGUGAAGGCACACACAUCCGUGUUCCUGCAAGAUCUUGGCAGAUCGUGACUACCUGCACGCCAGGAAAGACGUAGUGACAGACUGAGAAAGAGAGAGAGAGAGAGAGAGAGAGAGAGAGGAAGAAGGGAAACGGGGUGGGGGGAAAGGAGCAUCACUGCUGAGGGAGAUGGCCGAGUGCGGGCGGAAGGCGCUGUCUCUCCUGGAAGCGGCCCGCUCCCGGUACGAGAGCCUGCAGAUAUCCGACGAUGUGUUCGGCGAGUCCGGGGAUGACAGUAGCGACAAUCCCUUCUACAGCACCUCGGGGGACUCCGACUCCGACAACUACCUAGCCGAGGCGGGCGAGCAGGAGCAGCAGCACCAUCAGCACCACCAUCAUCCAAAACGCGGGGACAAGGAUUGUGGCCACGGCGGGGGGUCUGGUGGCGGGUCUGCCGGCGGGAGCAGCGGGCCCCCGGGCUCCCUCACCCGGAGUCAGGCGGAGGAGGAAGGCUGGACGGAGACGCUGCAGGAUGUCACGGUCCCGCCGUACAAAGAGACAUACGGACCCGCUCAGAAGAUGCCGGCCACUGCCACUGCCUUGGACUUUUUCCAGCUCUUCGUCCCAGACAACUGCAUCCAAAACAUGGUCACCCAGACAAACAUGUACGCCAAGAAGUUUCAGGAGCGCUUCGGCUCCGAAGAAGGCUGGUGCCCCGUCACGGCCCUGGAGAUGAAGGCCUUCCUGGGCUUCGUCAUCUCCACCAGCGUGCACCGCUGCGAGUCGGUGCUCAGCAUCUGGAGCUCGGGCUUCUUCAGCAACAGGAGCAUCGCCUUGAAGAUGAGCCAGUCGCGCUUCGAGAAGAUCCUCAAGUACUUUCACAUCGUGGCUUUCCGCCCGUCCCAGGGGAGCAAUCAGGGCCUUUACAAGAUCCAGCCAUUCCUGGACUCGCUGCAGCAGUCGUUCAGCUGCACCUUCAGGCCCUCGCAGACACAGGUUCUUCAUGAGCCACUGAUAGACGAGGACCCCGUGUUUAUCACCACCUGCACGGAAAGAGAUCUGAGGAAGAGGAAGAAGAGGAAGUUCAGCCUCUGGGUCCGGCAGUGCACCUCCACCGGAUUCAUCUGUCAGAUCUCCGUCCAUCUGAAGGAGGGACAGGGCGCAGACGGACUGGCCACCUUGAAGAACAAGCCGCAGCUCCACAGCCUCGUGGCCAAGCAGCUCUGCCAGAACAUCUCCGGCAAGAACGCCGUCAUCUUCACGGGGCCGUCCAUCACGAGCCUCGGCCUCUUCUCUGAAUUCAGCAAGCAGGAUAUCUACUGCUGUGGCUUGCUGAGCACCAGGAAGAGUGACUGCACAGGUCUGCCCCAAAGCAUGCUGGUCUGCAGCUCCACGCCGGCGCAGCGCGGCCAGUCACGCGUGAUGAUGAAGGGCACCAUGUCUCUGAUCAGCUGGUACAAUAAGGGACACUUCAGGUUCAUAACCAAUGCCUACUCACCAACUAAAGAAGGAGUGAUUAUUAAGAGGAAAAGCGGAGAAAUCCCGUGUCCCCUUGCCGUCGAAGCCUUUGCGGCACAUCUCAGCUACAUCUGCAAAUACGACGACAAGUACAGCAAAUAUUUUAUCUUCCAUAAGCCCAACAAGACUUGGCAGCAGGUGUUCUGGUUGAGCAUCAGCAUCGCCAUCAAUAACGCGUACAUCCUUUACAAGAUGUCCGACGCCUACGCCGUCAAGCGCUACAGCCGAGCGCAGUUUGGAGAGAGACUGGUCAGGGAGCUGCUGGAUCUGGACGACUGUUCCCCCACACAGUGAGAAGAAAGAGGAGGAGGAGGAGGAGGAGGAGGCGGCGGCAGAGGAUGAAGACAGAAAUACAAUCUCUCCCACAUGUUAAUUUCCACUUGGUUGUACAGACCUUCCUGGGUCUGUAUCAGUGUGCCAAGCUCCCGUCUCUCUCUCUUCCCGUAGUCGUUAAUUUCUGCCCAUGUAAAUAUUCACUAACACACAACUGCACUGUAUACAUUAUUAAGAGCCACCUGGGGUAGCUCCCCCACCCCUGCUUCAGCUGCUACUGUUAGCCACACACUUCUGGCGUCGGCAGACAUCAGUCAGCAGAAGCGGAGAUGAAACAAGAAACAACAAAAUGAGUCGGAUUUCACUCAGAAAUGAUGUCACCUUAAAGUUUUUAGUGUUAUCAAAGAGUUCAACUAUUUAACAAUUUAAUAAGCCUGAAUUAAACGCAAAAUAUCUUCAAAAAAAAAAAAAAAAAACUAAAAACACACCUGGCACCUUGUAACAAAGUCCGAGUAAACACGACACUGCAUGCAUUGAGAAUGUAGAUUGUGAUGUUUGUGUUAAGUGUGGAAAAGAUUUUAGCUCCAGGCGAGCUGUGAAAUAAUUGCGUGUGUGUGUGUGCGUGUGUGUGCGUGUAUGUGUAUGUGUUCAGUAAGUAGAACUGCCAUUUGUGUGUCUGAUGUCGAGCCUGAGGAUUGAAGCGUGUGACACCUGUGACCCAAAUGUGUCGUUCCGUUGCACACCAUGUUCGCUAGGGGCGCAUCGUCGGUAAAAAGGGACGCCUCAUACGGCGCCAUUUCCAUCUGCCCAUCACAACUGCCCGCAUCAGAAAACUCCUGACAAGAAAGCCAUAAAGUUCCCUUUGGAACUGUAGUUUUUUUUUUUGUUUUUUUUUUAUUCUCUAACUGUAAUAGCAAAAAAUAAAUAAAAUGACACCCAUACAGGGUUUUGCAAAAGUAUUCAUACUACUUGAGCAUUGACUUUCUUUCAGCAGAGACAAAGUUUUCCAGGUGGAGGGAAAAUAAAUAUGGAUCAGACCUGGAAGGAAACCUGUUAGGAGGCUGCAAACGCCUUAAGACCGUGGCAGGGGUCAACCGUCCGGCAAACCGCAGACGCGAUGGAACGAUUUUAGCUCAGAACAUCUUCCUGUCAACGUCCGUUACCUAAAUCCUCUCCGUCCAACCCGGACUGAGCUUGAGCUGUUUGGGAGAGACUAAGUGGCUAAGAUUGCGAAAGUCGGGCUGCAUUCAAAAGAACGCCACACUAUUUAGGUUUUUGGGUUGUUUUUUUUAACUGAAAACUAUGCAUCGUUUUCCUUACACACUACUUUGUGUUGGUUUGUUUAAUCCCAGUUUAUACUUUUGGGCUUGUAAUCUAACAAUGUGAAACCGUUCAAGUGGUGUGAAUACUUUUGGAAGGCUCUGUGUGGUUCAUUUUAGGAGAUUGACUGAUUAAUUAAAAUGAUCGAUCUGUUAGAUUUUAUUUUUAUAUAGGCUAUACAUAUUCUUCAUAACAUUGAUUUCUUCUUAAUUACUUCUUUUUUUUUUUUACUCAGAACUUCAUUACACUGUUUACACCCAACUAAGCAUUUAAUUGCCGGCCCCAUUGCUUUUGGCAGCGAGUCCUUUCCCUCCUCCUGCUUCACAGUGAGGUAUAACUGAGUUUUAGAGGGCAGGAAACGUCCGAGCGCUCCGGCGUUGCCAGGCAGUGAGUACAGACUUGGCCGCCGUUCAGGGCUGCGUUCAGACAGUGACGUUUGGCCAGAUUCACUGUGGAAGCGGGGGGCGGCGCAAAACUGGGUCUAGAGGCAAUCAGGUUAAGAUGAUGCUAGUCGUGGUUUGACUUUGAUGCGACAUAACAAAACUGCGCCAUAUUGCCGUCUGAAGAAUGACUCACUUAGCUUGGCUGAACAUGGUGGGGCUUCGUUCCUGUUGUUAUGCUGGGAAAACGUUUUGAAGAGUUUAAUAUGUGUGAAAAGUAUUGUGUCAGCAUGGUUCGGUGUGUGAAUACAUGAUGUUACAGUGAUACGACGGCAUUCGUUGAGUGAUUCACUCAUUCAUCCCCCCCACCCCCACCAUCACUCCCUUCACAGUCUUGCACUUUGAAAGCUCUGAAGCUAGUAAGAUGGGUUUUUUAUUUUUAUCUUGGGCAAAAAAAAAAA